AUGGCGUCCCAUGAUAAUAGCAGUAGUUUCGGCUUCCUAUUUCGGACCGAGUACAAUGAAUUCUGCGGCGAAGUGAGCGAGGAUUUCGCCAGCAAGCUCAAUAUCGACGGCGCCGACGACGGGUCACGACAGAGACAGUCGGAAGGCGAGGAAUCGGAGCAGAGUUCACGCGUUUCGUUCGAGUCGGCUGCUUCAGAUCACCAACGUGAAGAUGACGAACAAGAAGACGACCAUGAAGAGGAAUUUGAGUUUUCAUUUGCUUGCGUGAACCCGGACGGCUCUCCGAUCGCCGCUGACGACGUUUUCCAGGACGGCCAGAUCCGCCCUAUCUAUCCUCUAUUCGACCGGAGCCUCCUCUUCGGUGAUUCCCGUGAUGAAGCAAAGAAGUCUACGGGUCGGGAGGCGGCGCACCCGCGGCCCCCGCUGAGGAAGCUCUUCGUCGAGAUGGCCGAGCCCGAAGAGCUGCGGGGGGUGGACGAGGAGACGUACUGCGUCUGGAACGGCAAGAAAGUGGAGGAGGCGGCCUCGCCGGAGAGCUGCCGGAAGAGCAACUCCACGGGGUUCUCGAAGCGGUGGCGGUUCAGGGACCUGGUCAACCGGAGCAACAGCGACGGGAAAGACGCGUUCGUGUUCCUGAACCCGCACAAGGCGCACGACGGCCGUGGCGGCAAAGUCCAACAUGCCAAGAAGGACGAGGAAGUUGGAGUAAGGACCGCCGCGAGGAAGGAGGGGAAGACGGCGACGGCGUCGGGAAAGGGGCAGACGGCGCACGAGAAGCAUUACGUGAGGAACAGAGCCGCCAAAGAGAGCGAUAGACGGAAGUCGUACCUGCCGUACAGGCAGGAUUUGGUCGGGCUCGGGUUCUUCACUAACGUUAACGGCAUGACCAGAAACGUCCAUCCAUUCUAA